ACUUAUUUUUCCCAGCUUUAAAAAAUUUUGCCCUCCCGCGCGGGGCUAAAGCCCAGCCAAACCUUCUCGCAAGGAUUAUCUAUUACUCAUUCAUUUAAUUCGAACUGAACCUCAGCCUGACUUAUCUGCUGCCUGUACUCUUCCUCCCAUUGUCGACCUCCACUCUUGGAGAUGUCAACGCCACAACGACAAGUUGCAGCCCCUGCUGCUGAUGCAGCGCCGACUGCGGGAGAUCAAAGAGGACAAGAGGAAGAAUCACCGUUCAAGAAGUUUCUUGGAAUUGCUCAGCAACUUCUACUAGUAUGGGUAGUGUCACAAAUGGCUACCAAGUACUUUGCACCCAAAGCGACUCCUCCUGCUGUUCAGACAACUACUGGUCCACCCCCUGCAGGCGGUGCCCCUGGUCAGAAUACUGUCAACCCCUGGCUUUUGCCUCCAGCCCAGGCCACGCCAGGAUGGCCGCUUGGGGCCUCACUCGAUAUGCACGUUUACCUCUCGACUUCACCCAAUGGGGACGUGUUCUCGAGGCAAUGGACUUCAGGAUACCGGAAGGAUAGGGACGAAGGGUUACCGAAUUUUGUUUGGAAGAAUAUCACCUAUGGGAACUAUGCAGACAGUAGAGUCGAGGAACAUGACAUCGUGUUCCCCGAGACUGUAUUGCAAAAUGGGACUUUAUGGGCAGAUAUCUUCCUGACAAAGGAAAGCGCCAGUCCCGACCCCCAGAACGAUAAUUUCAAUCCUGAACAUAUCCAUCAUGUCCGCAAACUCCUUACGCCUUACAUGGCAAGGCCCAAGAUCCGAAAACAAAAGAAUCUUCUUAGUGGAAACAACGAGGAAGAAAUCGAUGAGGAAAUUGAGGAAGCUGAUGUAAUCAUGCCGCACUGGCACAAGAACAUCACUCUUGCCUUGGUCUCCGAUAAUACGAUAAUUCCAUACGCUCAACUGCCCGCACCUCUUUUAGAACACGUCCACCUCAUUCCUAACCGACGCGAUGCAACAGGCACCAAAGGCGUCUACAAACCCAUCGUCUUCCCCAACGAAUUCUGGCACCUUCGCUCUCAUUAUGUCGAGCUCAACUCCUCAACGCCUUCCAUGCCCAUCCAAAUCACCUUCCAGCCGAUGUCAUACAUGAAGUUCCAGAUAUUCGCAUCUAUGACACAUGGGUUCAAUGAAGCUGCGAAACAACAGGGUGCAGGUGCAGGUGCCGAGCUGGACGAAAUUAAACGAAUGUUGAUUGAAACGAAUCCGUGGUUCCUUGGAUUAACGGGGUUGGUUAGCGUGUUGCAUAUGGUAUUUGAAAUGUUGGCGUUCAAGUCGGACGUAUCGCACUGGCGGCAAAAGAAGGAGAUGGUCGGAGUCUCUGUCAGGACCAUCAUAACCAACGUCUUUGUGCAAAUCAUCAUUUUGCUUUAUCUUAUCGAUAACAACGAAAACACCAGCUGGAUGAUUCUGUUUGGAUCAGGAACGGGAGUUAUCAUCGAAGCUUGGAAGAUUACCAAGGCAGUAGAUAUCUCAGUCGUCGCAGCGCCUGCAGGUUCUUGGUUCCCGUACACCCUAGACAUUAAAGACAAGCACGUAUUGAGCGAAGACGAAAAGAAAACUCAGGAAUAUGAUCAACUCGCAUUCCGCUACGUUUCCUACGUCGCCAUUCCUACACUUGCAGCCUAUACUAUCUAUUCUCUGAUGUACGAGUCCCAUCGGGGCUGGUACAGCUUUAUCAUUGGAACGUUGACGUCGUUUGUCUACAUGUUUGGAUUCGCGCAACUUGUUCCGCAAUUGAUCAUCAAUUAUAAGCUCAAGAGUGUAGCACAUAUGCCAAUGAAAGCAAUGAUAUACAAGACAUUGUCUACCGUUGUCGAUGAUUUCUUUGCAUUCUGCAUCAAGAUGCCUUUCCUCCACCGUCUAGCAUGUUUCCGUGACGACGUCGUAUUCUUAAUUUUCCUUUACCAGCGCUGGAUCUACCGAAUCGAUCCUAAACGUAUUAAUGAGUAUGGACAGGUUCUACCAGAAGAUGGAAAAGUGAUUGAGACGGUAGAUGACAAGGAAAGUAAGAAGAAGAGGUGAUGUCUUGCGUAGAUAUCGUAUAUUUACUUGCUACUACAUAGUGUUAUGGACCCCGGAAAUGAUUGCACCGGCCACUAAUGAUAUAGACGUGUCGCUCUGUGCAACCGUUGCAACUGAACAGGCAACCUCUUAUCACACUUUUUUUCUG